GAACGGAUUCCACCCUUUACUUAAUCUUCCCGAAUUCGUAACUGGGGCAAAAAUCAAGGUAGGGCGGCCGACCUACCUUGCCCUAGUUGGUCGUCCGCCCGUGGUGGGAGAACUAUGAAUAUGUAAAUACUGUCCAAAACCCCCUCGGGCUCCAUUUGAAGUCGAGCUAGAAAGCCAAACAAUCAUCUUGUUCAAUCCUAAUACAUCCAGUAGAGAUAUGUCUAGUACAGGGACAAAUGAUCAAAAUAGUGACCCGUUGUGUUCUUUGACUGUGUCUUGUGGUUUGGUCUUGCAAAUUUAUUUCAGAGAAUUAUUGGAUUCAUAGGGAGAAUUAUACUAUAGGGAACUGGCUUAGCAGAGCACUGAAGCAGAGUCGGCAGACAUACCGGGGAAAUGACAUCAUGGGAUUAAUACACUAAUUUUUUAGUAAGUGCACCAAAGUUCACCAUUGGUUCAUCUAUGCAGAAAUGGCGAUUCUCUUAUUAUGGCACUAGUCGAUUAGUGUAUGAUGCCCAUCAAUUUUGCUUGCCAGAACGCAACAAGAGCUCUGAGGUCCCACAUCUGGAUACUACCAACUGUUGCUGGCUUGCUGCCACUUUAGCAAAAUUUCAGGUCUACAUCCCUAGUGAUACUAGCCCCAUAGCUAUGCAAUCUACCAGGAACCUAGAUUGUUGAAUGAAAAAGGUGAGACACACUCCAUCCAAGUCAAUAGUGAAGCAAGUGAAGAGGGAAAUCCAUCCUUGUUUACCUCAAUUUUAGCCAAGGGCCUCGGUGGCCAGUGUAAGGGGCACCAUCAGCUCCUCUGCUGUGAACAGGCGGUCUGUUCCUCCGAUUGUGAGGAGAGGGAGGUUUGGGCCAACGAACAUCUUGGGGUUCUGGUUUGGGUCAAACCAAGUCUAGCAGUUGAGUGCGACCAGGCCAGAAGGGGAAGAAAAAAUUGGGUAAAUGAGAGAAAUUGGGAGGACAUAAGGGGAUAAGUACUAUAACUAAAAAGAGCAAAUGUUCAACCCAAAGAAAGUAAAACAAUGAUAAACAAUAAUUCCUUGUGUUAUGAGGGACAAAUAAUAGAGGUGUGGCUACCGGAUAGGUAAAUGAUUAACUUUCUCUUUCUAAAAAUCUUACCAUUUUCCUUGCAGGCACACUAGCUUUCUUGCCGGGAUUAUGAAAACCAUGACUAUACUAGUUUGUUGCGUUUAUUGUUACCAAUGUGUGCUCAUUUUUAAUCCAGAAGUUUGGUGCUUGGUUGAUGCAGCAACAGGUACUUGGAUAGAGUAGGCAGCAGGAAAUUGGGAAAUGAGUAAGCUUGCAAAUGCGUUCUCGCUUCUUAAUUUAGAUGGUGAAGAUGAUGAUGAAGAAGAAGAAGUAACCAAAACAUCUACCAGUAUAGAAGAAACUGCUGCCAACAAAGCUGAUAAAGGUGUGAAGAACGACACAACUGUAGUAAACUAUAAUGAAGGAACUCUUGCAUCAUCGUCUGGUGGUUACAGGAUGCCGUUGGUGUGGAUAGACUUGGAAAUGACUGGUUUGGAUAUUUCGAAAGAUCGGAUAUUGGAGAUCGCUUGCAUUAUAACGGAUGGUAAACUUACAAAACAAAUAGAGGGUCCUGACUUGGUUAUAAACCAGAGCAAAGAUUGCUUAGAUAAUAUGGGUGAAUGGUGCAAAACUCAUCAUGCAUCUAGUGGAUUGACCGAGAGAGUACUGCAAAGUGAGAUUUCAGAGCAUGACGCAGAGAAACAGGUGUUAGAUUUCCUCAUGAGGCAUGUAGGUUCAGGCACUCCAUUAAUAGCUGGGAAUUCUGUUUACGUGGAUUUACUCUUUCUGAAGAAGUAUAUGCCACAGCUUGCAGCCAUCUUCUCUCACGUAAUUGUUGAUGUGAGCAGUAUAAUGGCUUUGUGCAUCCGUUGGUACCCUAAAGAAAGGAAACAAACUCCUAGAAAAGAAAAAACCCACAGGGCGAUGGAUGAUAUCAAAGAAAGCAUCGCCGAGCUGAAAUACUACAAGGACAACAUUUUCAAACCACAGAAAUCUAAGAAGUAGCAACAUGGAUGGAGCAUAGAAGACUUCUUUAUGUUGAACAUUGGAUAGUCAGGAUUGAAAAGGAAUUUUAGGACAAUUUUUCGGUGCUCCAUUUUGAUCUCAUAUCAAUAGCGCCCCUCUUCUGCACAUUGAUUGAUCAGGAUGUAUGACUAUCCACAUGCUGUUCCAGACUAACAGGUGUAACUUGCAACUGGUCCUCUGUGUACCAUCUGCUGCCCCAAACUCAUAACUGCAUGCUGUCCUGUUUUCGCAAGCCAACAUUUUGGUGAAGGCUUUGAUUGCCCAUGAGGCAAGAAAAAUGAAAUUGGGUUGUUGGAGAGACAUAUAUUUUUCAAAA